AUGUCCGAGUCCAAGGUCGAGACCCCCGCGCCGCGGGAGAAGCUUGAAGCGCAGAUCAAGUCGGCCGACAUGACGGACGACAUGCAGCAAGAAUCCAUCGAAGUUGCCCAGGAAGCCAUGGCAAAGUUCACCAUUGAAAAGGAUAUUGCGCAACACAUCAAGCGAACAUUUGACGAGAGAAAGGGUCCGACCUGGCACUGCAUCGUCGGCCGCAACUUUGGAAGUUUUGUGACGCAUGAAACGAAGCACUUCAUCUACUUUUACCUUGGCCACUGCGCCAUCCUCCUCUUUAAAACGCAGUGA